GAUGCCGUAGUCCUUUGGCGCGCUGCUGUUAAAAACUCAAAACCCUUCGCCACAAACCGUUUAGAGCAGAACCGUGCUGUUUCAAUCUGCUCAACAGUUUCUAAAGAUCCUAAAUUGUGGCUAAGAGCGAUACAAAAAAUAUUGUGAUGUCGUGGGACUUCUUUGUGCCUGUGUGCGUGGGUGACCUGGUGAAGACUGGGGGCAUUAACCAGUACGUGGUUCAGGAUGUCGUCUCCCCUAAACAACUUCCCUCCCAUCUCAACAGUUUCAAGGCUGCACUGAGAAGCCAGGGUCCAUUGUGCAUCCUGGAACACUUCGACACGGGUUACACUGUGCUGCAGCAUUGUCAUAAAGUGGACAUGAGUGUGAAAGAGGACACCCUGGAGUUACUCAUACAAGUGGUGAGUGGCCUGUCCGUCUCCCUGCCCUCCCUCCUCCUCAAUGCCUCACUCUCCGCACCGGACCGCAAGGAGCAGCUCAAUGCUGUCAAAAUGAGUGUGUUCCUCCUCUGCAAGCUCACAGAAAUCCUGGAGAGUGACUCUUACAGGCAGAGUAUCGUCACUGCACCCAGUAAGGGCAGUAAGAAGGGGAAGGUUGCAGGAGAAGGUUUACUACAGUGGGACUCUGAGAGGGAGACGGUGCUGCAGGCUCUAACCCAGCUCCUUCAGCUGGACAUCCGCUCCCUCUGGAGCCUCUCUUUGGUCGAGGAGGAGUUCAUCAGCUGUGUGACAUGCUGCUGCUAUAAGCUCCUGGAGAACCCAACCAUCAGCCACGUAAAGAACAAGCCCACCAGAGACGCCAUCAUUCACCUGCUGGGGGUGCAGGUCAAGAAAUACAACCACCUCCUGGGUGCCAGUGUGAAGGUGAUCCAGCUGCUGCAGCACUUUGAUCAGCUGUCGUCUGUGUGUGCCCAGGCUGUGUCUGUGUGGAGCACUGAGUAUGGAGUCAAGGCUAUUGUAGGAGAGGUCAUGAGAGAGAUCGGUCAGAAGUCUAGUGAGGAGCUGGCCAGAGAGGGGUCAGGGGUCAAGGCCUUCUCCAGCUUCCUGUCUGAACUGGGCACCCUGGUCCCCGACACCAUGAUCCCCAACAUCAGUGUGUUACUCACACACCUGGAGGGCGAGAGCCCUAGUUUGCGUGUGGCAGUGUGUGAAGUGUUGGGAGAGGUUCUGGUCAGGGUCCUGAGUGGAGAUGCACUGGAUGAGUCUGGCAGAGCUGACAGGGACCGCUUCAUGGACACACUGCAGGAGCACCUCCAUGACACACACUCCUACGUCAGGGCCCGAGUGCUGCAGGUCUACACACGCAUCGUCAACAGCAAGGCUCUGCCCCUGAACAGGUACAGUGAAGUGAUGGGGUUGGCAGUGGGAAGGCUGAUGGACAAAUCCAUCAAUGUGGUCAAGAGUGCCAUCCAGCUACUGGCUGCCUUCAUAGCACACAACCCCUACAGCUGCAAGUUGAGCAGUGCUGACCUGAAGAAACCCCUGGAGAAGGAGACGGAUAAACUCCGCGAGCUUAGAGAGAGACUGCAGGAAAACGCACCUGUGGCAGUGAUCAAGGCCUCCGAACUGUGGGCCGCUAUGGAGCCUGAGCUGCUCUUCACCGUCAGAGCCGAGCUGGAGCCCACCAGUGAGGGAGAGGGGGAACAGCAGGAGAGGGAGGAGGACGAGGCUGGAGAGGAGGACGACAGGGCCACCGCCGUACAGAUCGCCCAGUUCCUCCGCGUCAACAAAUACCGGAAUGCAGUGCGUCUGUGUGUGCGAGCCCACAGCCUGUUCCCAGAGUCUGAGAUGUUCUCGUCUCUGACCACUCUCACCGCCGAGACUCUCUUGGACACACUGGCCCUGCUCUUCAAAGGUCCUGACCAGGACACCUCUGAGAUCAGAGAGGACCUGCCUUCCACCCCUCAGAAGGAGGGAGCAGGGGAUGGAGGGAAGGAAGGGGUGGAGGAGAGCGAGCUGAAGAAACAGGAGAUGCUGUUGCAGUAUCUGAGAGACACUGAGAGCUUUGCCCUGCAGGUGGAGAGAGCCAUCGCUGUCAUCAACACCAUGCUCUACUGGAAGACUACCUCAGUGGUCCAGGAGGCRGUGCAGUUCUGUGUGACAGUAUGCGAGUUCAGUGUGGCGAACUCUCUGACUGGUGUGAGGAAGAUGCUGCCUCUGGUCUGGUCUACUGACGCUGCCAUUAAAGAUGCUGUGGUGCAGGCCU